AAAGCCCCCUGUCUUUGGGCCCAUUAUUAUCCCGUACAGGUGUGAUUAUACAGGAACGGUGUACCGUUCUUGUGCAGGAUCAGUGCACUUCUUAAUGGAUUUAGCUCUCUGUGUUUUGAUUGUUGAUUCCAUAACGCUAAGGAUUUUGAGACGAUCAAACGUGACUGCGUUUAGCCUGGGGCAGCUCGAACUGGCGUUCCACCCUUAUGAGAAAUUACGCUGGUAGCUGACUCUUUACACUUUUGACUAGCUGAAGUUUUUGGAUACAAACCCAAAGCUGAGUCAAUACUGGCGAUUUGGAGACAUCAGAAAGUAAUUUAAGAUCCUGUUCAGAAACACCCCACGGAGAACAUAAGAUUGUCGUUGGGGACGAUACAAGACUAAUGUAACUCCAGAAGAGGCAGUGCUCGCGCUUAUGAAAAAAGAGUGUUGACUCGCGCCUUUGAUAUACAGUGUUAUGUGGUUGUGCCCGAGUAAUUACGAAGUCCACAGUAGAACAGACUUUAACGUAGAUAAAAAGAGGUGACCAUGGUAACGACUUCACAUAAAAAAGUGACCUCAUCAAGGAUUGAGCUCAUUUGAUCUUUAUCUGGAAGACAUUUCUUGGAUUUCAAAAUACCGACCUUCCUGCACGAAAUGUGCCCCUGGUCAUAAGACAAUAAGCAGCUCAUUACGUUAUCGUGAAGUACCGAGCUUCUUCCAAGAGGCGCGCCCAUGGUUAUGCUCGGCCGAACGGACACCAUGGCUCCAUCUAGUGGUCACGCCAGCCCAGGACCCCAAGUCUUGACAAAAAAUGAGAGGCCAAUACCCGCACUUAGACGAGGGGCUCAGCCCAGCUAUCCCCAAGAGCUGGAAAAACCUCUUCACAGGGACGAUAACUACUCCUUCUCACAUAUGCGAGCUGGAUUUAUGCCCCCGACAUCCAGCAACCCGAACAACACAAUAAAUGAUGACAGGCGCAGAAUGGUUGUCACCCCUACUGUGACGUCAUACCGCGGCGCUGUACUCCCAGGACGUCCUGUCUCUACCGUUAGACCGCAGAGUGCCAUGGCCCUGACGUCACCCGGACAUCCACCAGUAGAGAGGCCACCGUCUUCUCUGGGCGUGGCGUGGGGGUCGUCGCAUAGAUACAACAGCAAUAGGAACGGGGCAGAUAAUCGGACGACAGAACCUUCUGGUUCUCUAGAAGACAGGCUUAAGUCCCUGAUGGCUGACGGCAUGGACAGAACGAGAGCGGGGAGAAAAACACCAACAAACCAACAGAUGUAUGACGAGGGCCAGCUAAUUCUACCUGUCCACCAAAAAAGCCGUAGCUAUGGCGAUGGCGUCACCAUGGGACCCGGUUACAACGGUAUGGAUGGCCCUUACCAGGACGGAACCGAUGACGUGUACGCCGUUGUCUCCAAGAGACCAGAUCUCAGACAGGGGCAUGCCAUGCUUCCGGGUUUUGUGCCUCCACAAACAAGUGAAAGACGUGGCUCUGUACGCACUGACCUCCCUGCCAAGUCUGGAUAUUCCGCGGAGCCGAUGACCUCAGUCAGCGGGAGUGAGACGCCAAUGGGCGGACCCCGAGGCCAGGAGAACCCUGCCUUCAUUGCAGACGACAUCCGGCGGAGUCGAGAGUCUCUGUCCAAAAACACUACUUCUGGGAGUUUUGAUCUACGGAGUGCUUGGCAGCGUCUCUAUGGCAACCAAUCAGAACCACCGUCCAACCGGCGAUCUUCAGCCGGCGAUCAACUCAUGGCAAGGAGCCAAACUCAACAAAAUACUCACCUCCAGUCCCCACAUUACCCUCGUCCAAACCACGCUCGCCUGAACUCCUCUUCCGAUGAUAUGGCAGAAGCGGCUAACAGCUUUCAUAACCACAGUUCAGCCUCCAUGCUCGCCUACAAUCCCCACCAACAGCUGAACUCCAGCCAUGACCAUACAUUCGCCAACCCCAGCCUUAUGGUAAACCGAGAAAGUCCGACAGGCCAAAGUUCAAGUAACCCCGAACAAGUUUCCGGGUCCAACAACUCGAGUCAAUUGAGUGCAUACGCAGCUCCUGUACAGCGAAAUCUCACUUCCACUUUCAAACCGAAAAUAGGCGGCAGCUCCAGUAGCAUCAACAAGAGCAGCAGUAACAACAACAGCAACAACAGCAGCAAUCAAGAUCCAGCUCUCGGCCCGGCAGCAAAAUACCCGGAACCACAACUCUCCAAACGAGUUUCCAACACGGCCCCACGCAAAACCUCCAGCCCGUUUCAAAACGCACGGAAUUUACAGCAUGACGCAAAACCAUUUGGAAGUUCUUCAGCGUCUCCACAAUACGCUCCAGAGCCCAGCGUGGCGAUCAGACCUGGGAGGGAAUCGUUCGCUUCAGAUAUGACAGUUGAAUUCAACGUUGCAGACAGUUCACCUCCACGACCCCUCUCUCGCGGACCUGGACAUAAACAGUCCACUCUCUACGAUACUGGAGAUGAGAGCGAGUCUCCACCCCUGAAUCCUGCCGACUCCAUUUUUGACUAUCCCGACGCUGAGAGCGAUAACGAAUCUGUGACUCCUCCUCUUCCACCUCUCUCUCCUGGAGCCACGCCCCGUGAGGCAGGGUCAUCCACGCCCACAAAUGCGUCCCAAGGGUUUUCGUUCUCUUCGUCCAAUAAACCUCACCACAGACCAAAAUCACCUCCUAAGACUCCAGAUUUACUCAGAAAAAUGACGGGGCCUGGGGGGUCAUGGACUCAGGGUUCACGGAAAGAUGGUGCACCGUCUCGACAUUCUACAGCAGGGCGGUCACAUGGAGUCGGGGCGGUGAAGGAGGAGAGGAGACACAACAGUUCAGGGCACGCCCACGGAGAAGGAGCAAUCAGUAAAGCUGCUGGUGGCAGUCAGUACGCGCGUAGUAGGAGUCUGGAGGAUGUCCGCGAGUCGGAGAAUGAGAGCAUGCUGUCUUUUGACGUGGAGAAUACGCUACUGCUGGUGGAGCCCUCUGACCAAUCGGAGAUGGGAACACUCAGGUCACACAAGUCUGGAGGCUCUGUGCGAGCACAGCUACAUAGGCUAGAGGGCAUGUACAGUCACGUGAUGAAGACCCUGGAGGAGAACUCCCAGGCACCCCGCACCCGGCGCCGCUGGAGUAUCGGCAGCUCGGACACAAGCUCCUUCCACCAACACUCCCACCAGGGCAAGCACUCACACUCACGGACAGCCAGUCAGAAGAUGAGCAGCAGGGAUGUGAG